GCACCGUUGCAGCGCGGUGACGGCGGCAUGUGCGAGGGCCCGUCCCGCAUCUCCGGGCCCAUCCCCCCAGACCCUACUCUGUGUCCUGACUACUACCGGCGGCCGGCCUCAGCCCAAGGGCGCCUUGAGGGAAACGCGCUGAAGCUGGACCUGCUGACCUCGGACCGGGACCUAGAUGCCACUGCUUCCCGUGGCCCCUGCAUCAGUUCUGGAGCCAGAGAGAUACUGGAGCGUGGCUGGCGUGGCGUGGGGGGCGUAUUGCUGCAACUCGAAGGGAUCUCCCUAGGUCCAGGGGCCUCUCCCAAGAGGAAGAACCCUAAAGACCAUGAGAAGGAGAACCUGAGGCGGAUCAGGGAGAUCCAGAGGCGCUUCCAAGAGCAGGAGCACGGCCGCCAGGAACAGGGCCAACCCAGGCCCCUGAAGGCUCUGUGGCGCUCACCCAAAUAUGACAAGGUGCAGUCCCGGGUCAAGGCCCAGUUGCAGGAACGUGGUCCUGCCUCUGGGACAGAGCCUGCCCACUUCCUGCGGGCGCACUCCCGCUGUGGCCCUGGGCUCCCUCCGCCCCGUGUCCCUAGUCCCCAACUGACCCCACCAGGUCCCAAAGCUAAGGCGCCAGGCCUAGGUGUGGACUUCAUUAGUCACAAUGCCCAAGCUGCCAAGAGGGCGCCCCGGCGGCAUUCUCGCUCACUGCAGGUCCUGGCACAGGUGCUGGAGCAGCAACGGCAAGCCCAGGAGCACUACAAUGCCACACAGAAGGGACAUGUGCCCCAUUACUUGUUGGAGCGCAGGGAUCUGUGGCGGCGGGAGGCUGAGGCCCGCCAGCAUAGCCAGCCAGAUCCUGCCGUGCCCCCUGGCCACACUUGCAUGCCUGAGGACCAGCGGCUGGAGACACUGAGCAAUCUGCUCCAGAGCCAGAGCCAGCUGCUCCGUGAGCUGGUGCUGCUGCCUGCUGGGGCAGACUCACUAAGAGCCCAGGGCCACCGUGCUGAGCUGGACCGGAAGCUGGUACAGGUAGAAGAGGCCAUCAAGAUCUUUUCCCGACCCAAAGUCUUCGUGAAGAUGGAUGCCUGAGCCCCUUUGUGGGGGUAGGGCAGGGAGGUCCAUGCUGAGGAUCGCCACAUGGCUGCAAAGGGCAGGGUCAGGCCCCAUCUUUAAUUGGAGGUCUAAAGAUAGGAGUUGUGAGGUGGGCAGUAUCCCUAGAGCAUUCUUCCCAGCCACCAGGUGCUGCAGAAAUGCCAUCCCAGCCUUUUAACCCCUUUAUCAAAAUUAAACCUAUUGUACACAGUGGA